CACCAAAACACAUACAACGUCAGCACAUUCGAAGAAAGUGGUAGUAGAGAGAUCCUCCUAUCGCUCAAUUAUAACUACAAUUCACCAUGGCAGCUCCAGAAGUUCAUCACCUGUUCCACCAUCCCAUUGCGGACCACUCGUUCUCGGCGGAUCGCAAGACGUUGGCUGUUGCCCGCGACUCGACGGUUGAUCUGUACGGCAGAGUUGGAAAUGCAUUCAAGCUCAAGGAUGAAUUGAAGGGCCAUGACAAGCUCGUCACGAGCGUGGACAUUGCUCCCAAGAGCGGCAGAAUCGUCACCUGCUCUCAAGACCGCAACGCCCUCGUCUGGGAGCCCACCCCCGACGGCUACAAGCCCACCCUCGUCCUCCUCCGCAUCAACCGCGCCGCGACCUUUGUUCGCUGGUCCCCCUCCGAAACGAAAUUCGCCGUCGGCUCCGGCGCCCGCGUCAUAGCCGUCUGCUACUUCGAAGAGGAGAACGACUGGUGGGUAUCCAAGCAUAUCAAGAAGCCCAUCCGCAGCACCAUCACCACCGUCGCCUGGCACCCCAACUCCGUCCUCCUCGCCGCCGGCUCCACCGAUGCCCACGCGCGCGUGUUCUCCAGUUUCAUUAAGGGCGUUGAUGAGCGUCCUGAGCCGGGGGUGUGGGGGGAGCGAUUGCCGUUUAACACCGUGUGUGGAGAGUACCUUAACAACUCCGCUGGCUGGGUCCACGCCACUGCUUUCUCCCCAUCAGGAGACGCCCUCGCCUUCGCCGCCCACGACAGCAGCAUCACAGUCGUGUACCCCAACGGUGCCGACGCCCCCCCCCGCGCCGUAAUAAGCGUCAGCACGCAACUCCUCCCCUUCAUGAGCUUGAUCUGGACCAACGAAGCCGAGAUCAUCGCCGCGGGCCACGACUGCCAGGCGUACCGCUUCCAAGGCGGAGAACAGGGGUGGGCGAUUGCGGGGUCGCUGGAGGAGAAGGGGGCGGGGAGGGGAGCGGAGAGGGAGGAGAGCGCGCUGAAUAUGUUUAGGCAGAUGGAUUUGAAGGGGAAGGCGAAGGAUGAUACGGUGUUGGGGACGGUGCAUCAGAAUACUAUUAGUACGGUUAGGAGCUAUGAAGGGGAAGGGGGGGUGGUGAGGAAGUUUUCGACGAGUGGUGUGGAUGGAAGGAUUGUCAUCUGGCAGGCUUAGAUUGGCGCAGUGGUGGUGUAGAGUUUGUCAAGGGGUAUUCCAAUCCCAAUCCCAAUCUUCGGCUUCAGAGCUAAGAUUAGGGCAGCGCUAUAGAACCUUUUUCAGCGACUACCAUCCCAGUUGUGCGCGAGACAGACGCAGGCGUUCGCUAGAAUACUAUAGUAGUCAGAGCAGGAGAAACUCCUGCGUAGAGUCUCUCCUAGUCAGACCACCUUACUAUCCCAGCGAAUGUCUA